GUCGCGACUGCGCCCCCUGGCGGCGGCGAACACCGCGCGCAGCGAUGGCGGCGGCAGCUGAGCAGGGUGGCUGCUCCGUGUAUUUUUGCGGGAGCAUCCGAGGCGGGCGCGAGGACCAGGCACUGUAUGCGCGGAUCGUGUCGCGGCUGCGACGCUAUGGGAAGGUGCUCACCGAGCACGUGGCAGCUGCAGAGCUGGACCCGCGCGGAGAAGAGGCUGCUGGGGGUGACGGGCUCAUCCAUGAGCGAGACCUGGCCUGGCUGCGGGAGGCUGAUGUGGUCGUGGCUGAGGUGACACAGCCAUCCCUGGGUGUUGGCUAUGAACUGGGCUGGGCAGUAGCUCUUGGUAAACAAAUUCUAUGCCUGUUCCGACCACAGUCUGGCCGAGUGCUUUCCGCCAUGAUCCGGGGAGCAGCAGACGGCUCGAGGAUCCAGGUGUGGGACUACACAGAAGGAGAGGUGGACGCCAUGCUUGAUCAAUACUUUGCGACUUACCCUCCUGAGAGGAGCGCUACCUCCAGUAACCCAAGUACCUGACCUAUCCCUACUUUAUUAAAAAGGUCAAACGAGUCUGCUUGGGUCUUUUUCUGAGGAUAGAAAGGUCUGGAAGUCUGAAGAUGUGGAGGGCUGGUGAGAUGUCAGCUGCUAACCCUGAAGACCUGGGUUCUGGCCCAAGCUCCUACAUGGGAAAGAAAAGUGACUCCCUGAAGGUACUCUCUGUCCUAGCACCACAGCAUGCACACACCCACACAGUAUUAAAAAG